AUGUAUGUUAAAAUCAAGUCACAUAUAUUAAAAUAUUUGAAGUUCUUCUCAAAAUGGUGGACAUACUUUAAAUCUCGCGACUUAGAUAACUUAACUAAUUUUAUUCAAUCAUAUCUCGAAUCAAGCGGAAUUCACGGUUUAUUUUUCUUAGUUUACCGACGUUUAGUAAUUAUUGAAAGAUACUUCUGGCUACUUCUUGUGAUUAUUUCAACAUAUAUUUGUAUUAAAAUUGGACUGCAAUCUGUGGAUCGUUUCUAUACAAAAAGCACAGUAGUUGGUCUCGAACGAGAUUACCAUCAAUGGAAUACGACAAUGCCAGCUACAACUGUUUGCCCAUUAAAACGUUUAGAUUCACAACUUUUUAAUGCUUUUUGCCGAGACCACAACAUACCGGAUAGAGAACAUGAUGAAUUGUUUCAGUUUCUUGAAUCAUUAGCAAAUUCAACUUUCAUUAACUUCAAAGAAAUAAAAGUCUACAAUCAAAUAGAUCGUAUAUUGGAUAAAUUGAAAAUAAAACCAAAGAAUUACAUGGAACUUAUAUAUAAUCUUACUGUAGACAAUACUUUUCAAAAUAUAUCGGAUAUGAAACACAUAUAUUCAAGAAUUUAUGGCUCAUCGGGUGAUGGAUUUUUACAUUCACGACAGAUUCUAACGGAAUAUGGUCUAUGCUACAAUUUAAAUACUCUUCUUGAUACAAGUUAUUCGGCUACGUACUUUAUCUUCGGUAAACAUCCAGAAGUCCCCAAAAAAGGUCGGAAUUUUCUAAGCUCUAAGUGGGGUAACUACUUUGAAGAGGAAAUGAUUUACAAUUUUGAGGGAUUUAUAAGUACACCGAUAGAUACAUUUAUUCACAGUCCUUUCGAAGUAAUGCAAGUUGAUCACAAUAUGGGCUACACUCUGGACCCAAUGACAUAUGAAGUGGAAUGUUUAGAAAUUAUAACAGAGGUUGGAUUUAAAACGGGAGCUAGUAUUUCACAACGACAAUGCCGUUUUCUACAUGAGUCGAACCUAACGCAUUUCCCAAUUUAUACUAAAAACUUAUGUCUACAAGAAUGCCGCUUAAAUCUGAUAUACAAGCUAUGUAAAUGUAUACCACACUUUUACCCAAAUCGCGUUUCUAACCCAAAACCAGUGUGUGAUUAUAGAACCCUGCGUGAGUGCCUGCCUAAAUAUGAAACUGUUUUCCUAAAACUGCAUGGCUACAAUGAGAGUGGUCGCUACGAAGAUGUUCAGUGUUACUGCUUGGAAAACUGUAGAGAUAUAUUGAUAAGCAAAGGCAGAACAAUCGAAAUGUUUGGAGAAGCUACCUUAAUGCUUGACAGCGUGGGUAUUAUUAUUUCUAUGACAAACCGUCCAACAUCUCGUUUAAUACGGCAAAUAAUAUUUUCUUUAACUGACUUAUUAGUCGCUAUUGGAGGAACUGCAGGACUUUUUCUUGGCGUCAAUGUUUUGGGAAUAAUCGAGAUAAUAUACUAUUUUACAUUGCAUUUGUUUUGGCAUUUACGAGGCUACAAAUAA